CACCCCCUCAUUUGGCACCGGGGACAGCCGUGGAGCCACCGAGGAUAUAGGCUGAGCAGCAGGACACGAGGAGGAAGAGGAGGAGGGGGUGUUGGGGACAGCGCCGUGGUUGUUGUCCCCAGCAUUGUCUGCAGCCACUGGCCACACUUGAGCUGACACAGCCUGUGGGGUUCCUGGUGACUUUUUGGAGCCUGAGCCCUGCCAGCGCUGUGGGGAGGAGGAAGGGCCGAGGAGGACGUGCUGGGUGAUGGAUGGCCCCAGCCCAGCACAGCAGCCCCGGGGGAGCUGGACCAGGAGGCUCGAGGACCUUGGGGACCUGGCUGGCCGCGCCUGCCUCUGCAGAGCCCCGCAGCGUUUGCUCUGCUGAGCUCCGGAGCCCACAGCUGGCGGGAGCCAGGAGGAGGAUUUGGAGGGGUUCUGGGUGAACCCCACAUCUCUGUGCCGCGGCAUGGCGCGGGGCUGAGCCGCCAUCCCCCUGGCAUGGCACGGCCGGGCUCGGGGGCCAUGCUGGCCUCUGGUGGCCUGGGCUUCCCUCCCCAAAAUCUGGCCCGUGUGGUGGUGUGGGAGUGGCUGAACGAGCACGGGCGCUGGCGGCCCUACUCGGCUGCUGUUUGCCACCACAUCGAGAACGUGCUGAAGGAGGAUGCCCGUGGCAGCGUGGUGCUGGGCCAGGUUGACGUCCAGCUGGCGCCCUACAUCAUCGACCUCCAGUCCAUGCACCAGUUUCGGCAGGACACGGGAACCAUGCGCCCUGUACGGAGGAACUUCUAUGACCCAUCCUCAGCCCCGGGGAAGGGCAUCGUGUGGGAGUGGGAGAACGACAACAGCUCCUGGACACCCUACGACAUGGACAUCUGCAUCACCAUCCAGAAUGCCUACGAGAAGCAGCACCCUUGGCUGGACCUCUCCUCCCUGGGCUUCUGCUACCUCAUCUACUUCAGCAACAUGUCCCAAAUGAACCGGCAAACCCAGCGCAAGCGCCGGCUCCGGCGUCGUAUGGACCUGGCGUAUCCCCUCACCAUGGGCUCCAUCCCCAAGUCGCAGUCGUGGCCAGUGGGCGCCAGCACGGGGACACCCUGCUCCUGCCCGCAGUGCCUGCUGGUCAACAGCACCCGUGCUGCCUCCAACGCCAUCCUGGCUUCCCAGCGCCGAAAGCUCUACCCGGGUGCCGUCCGCCAGAGCAGCACCUUUGCUGGGGCAGCUUUAUGGCCGGCGGGGACAGGGACAGCGGCGGUGGCGGGUGGCACAGCCAAGGGCGAGGGGCUGCGGGUGCCUGGCGGCGCGUUUGCCCCCAGCCAGAGUGUGCCCAGCGGGGCGACGCUGCCGGGGCUCAACAACCUCAACCAGCCUGGCACGCAGCGGGGGGCCGGACUCGGCGCCCGUGCCACUGUCCCCCCGGGGGUACCAGCCCUCCCAGUCAAGAACCUGAACGGCACUGGCCCUGUCCAUCCCGCCCUCGCAGGGAUGACGGGCAUCCUGAUGUGCGCUGCCGGGCUGCCCGUCUGCCUGACCCGCGCCCCCAAACCCAUCCUGCACCCGCCGCCCGUCAGCAAGAGCGACAUCAAACCCGUACCUGGGGUCAACGGCAUCUGCAGGAAAACCAAAAAGAAGCAUCUCAAAAAGAGCAAGACCCCCGAGGAUGUGGUGCGCCGCUACAUCCAGAAGGUGAAGAGCCCCCCGGAUGAGGAUUGCACCAUCUGCAUGGAGCGACUGGUCACCUCCUCCGGCUACGAGGGCGUCCUCAGCCACAGGGGCAUCAAGCCGGAGCUGGUGGGCAAGCUGGGCAAGUGCGGGCACAUGUACCACCUCCUCUGCCUCCUGGCCAUGUACAACAACGGCAACAAGGACGGCAGCCUGCAGUGCCCCACCUGUAAGGCCAUUUAUGGGGAGAAGACGGGCACGCAGCCCCCUGGGAAGAUGGAGUUUCACCUCAUCCCCCACUCCCUCCCGGGUUACACCGACUCCAAAACCAUCCGGAUCGUCUACGACAUCCCCACCGGCAUCCAGGGCCCAGAGCACCCCAAUCCCGGCAAGAAGUUCACAGCACGCGGCUUCCCACGGCACUGCUACCUGCCCGACAAUGAGAAGGGCAGGAAGAGAGGGGAUGAAAUCAAAGGAGAAGGGAUGGGAUGUGAUGGGAUGUGA